GCAAGGUGCGGACGGGGCUGGGACCGCGGUCGGGCCCUGCUGGCCCGCGCCUAGCCGGGAUCGUCGUCGCCCGGGCGGGACAUCAUGUCACAGGGAGAGUGAGCUCUUGCCCUUUCUACCAUGGAGGACUCAGGAAAGACUUUUGGAUCAGAGGAGGAAGAAGCAAACUAUUGGAGAGACCUGGCCAUGACCUACAAGAAGAGGGCCGAAAAUACACAGGAGGAGCUCCGAGAAUUCCAGGAAGGAAGCCGGGAAUAUGAAGCUGAAUUGGAGACUCAGCUGCAGCAAACUGAGACCAGGAACCGGGACCUCCUGUCAGAGAAUAACCGCCUUCGAAUGGAGUUGGAGACUGUGAGGGAGAAGUUUGAAAUGCAACAUUCAGAAGGCUACCAGCAGAUCUCAGCCUUGGAGGCUGAUCUGGCUCAGACGAAAGCCAUUAAAGAUCAAUUGCAGAAAUAUAUCCGGGAAUUGGAACAAGCCAAUGAUGAUCUGGAGAGAGCCAAACGAGCCACAAUCAUGUCUCUGGAAGACUUUGAGCAGCGCUUGAAUCAAGCAAUCGAAAGAAAUGCCUUCCUGGAGAGUGAGCUGGAUGAGAAGGAAAAUCUCCUAGAAUCUGUGCAGAGGCUGAAGGAUGAAGCAAGAGAUCUGCGGCAGGAAUUGGCUGUGCAGCAGAAGCAAGACAAGCCCCGGACACCCUUGCCAGGCUCUGGGGAAACAGAGAGGACAGACAUGGCUGUACAGGCUACAGGCUCUAUGCCGUCCACUCCCAUAGCUCAUCGAGGACCCAGCUCUGGUUUAAACACACCAGGAAUAUUCAGACGUGGUCUGGACAGCUCUAACAGUGGGACCCCACUCACACCUGCAGCCCGAAUAUCAGCCCUAAACAUCGUUGGGGACCUGCUUCGGAAAGUUGGGGCGCUGGAGUCCAAACUAGCAUCAUGCAGGAACUUGGUGUAUGAUCAAUCCCCAAGCCGAGCAAGUGGACCAGCCUCAGGGCAAGGAACCAAAGGCCGAGAUGGUGGUGAUAGAUGGCCAAGCAGCACCAUCGUCGGAGAUAAAGGGUCAGGAAAACGCUUGGAGUUUGGGAAGCCAGCCUCACAGCUCUCAUCACCGGCACCGCCGUCCACCCAGGGUGUGGUCAAGCUUUUGCUUUAGGACCAAUGGGAACUGCGCCCUCACCUGUCCUGCCCUCUUUUUUUUUUUUUUUUUUUUUGGUUUUUCGAGACAGGGUUUCUCCGUGGCUUUUUGGAAUCUGUCCUGGAAUGUCCUGCCCUCUUUAUAUUUAGCUUUUGGUUGUGCCGCGCAGCCCAAGCUGACUAAGGCUGUUGGCCUGUGAUGUGGCCCAGCCCCUGGCAGUAUGCCUCAUAAGAUGAGCUGGUUCCUCACCCCACCGCCCUCCAGCUCUAAGGUCUGGAUGAUGGGCCACCCUGUCAUUGGCUACCUAGAGUUUUAAUGGCCUCCAGAGGUGUUUUGAAUAUGCCUAAUCAUCAGGGGGAACUAGAGCCCAGCUAGCUCAGGAGCUCUCCCGCAGCCUACUUGCAGCUGAAGCUGUCUUCUGGAACAUCCUGCCAGUGCUUUACAGCAUGAUUAAAUUGUGUCGAGAACUGGGAGAUCACAGAAGCUUGGGGCUGUUUAAACCAUGACCUUGACCAUGACCUUUGCAAGAUGGGGUGUCUCUGUGUAGCCCUGACCGUCCUGGAACUCACUAUGUAGAGCAGGCUGGCCUUGAACUCAGAGAUCUGCCUGCCUCUGCCUCUCAAGUGUGCACCACCACUGCCCAGCCCUUUGACACUUCUAAUCUGCCUCAUGAAGAUUUUCAGAGGUGUGUCUGACUCCUCUGGUCAGUGGGAGAUUAUUCUCUGUAGAUAAACCCAGCUUCCCAUCUCUCCUGAGCUCUUACCUUGAUGUUGGGGCGACUUCUGCAUCACAACCAUGAACAACUUGGAGUUGGACUGGGCUUUGUCAUGCCAUCCCUAAGAACAAGACUUCAUCAUUCUAUGUCUAUAGAAUAACAAGGGUGACUAAAACAUCAGAUUCUCAGCCACUGGUGGUCGCUCCCUUGGGAUGUAGAGAAAUGAGCACAGAACUGCAACACCAGAGCCUUGUCUGAUCUGUCUGGGGUGAAGCACCACCUCCUGCUCUGUCCACAAUGAGAAAUGCGCACUUAUUUCCAGAGCUUAGCACCCUUCACUUCGCUACUAAUGCAUUUUUAGUAGAUGGGGCAAACCUGGCCUUGAACUGAACCUAGAACUUUCUGAGUGCUGCUGACAUUCACAAGGUGGUUUUAAGCUGUGUGACCAUUUGUUCCCCUCAGACAUUGUAGCCUGGGAAAAGAUGGCCUUUAUUUUUUUAUAUUAAAAAAUAAAAUAAAAAAAAUGCCUGCUUUACUGCUGUGUGUUUGUCCUUCCGUGUUUGCACAUGGCCCUAAAGUUCGUUUUUUUGUUUAGCCAAGUAAUAAAAUA